UGCAGGUGUUUUAAAUCUGGGUUUAUCUUCAAACUUCUGACGCUGUUUGUAGUUAAAAUCAUAAUUUGAUGUAUCCUACUUAAGCACAACACUCUAUAUUCGAGGUGAGCUAAGUUUGAAACCAAAAUAAAGUCAUACUCACGAGAAAACGUUAAUUUAGUCGCAGAAAAUUUGACGUGGUUUAAUUUUCGUGGGCGCCGCCAUGACAGUAUUGCAUUGUGGGUAAUAAAGAAUGGCCAGAGCAGUAAGAAGUGCGUUUUGAGCUGAACUCACAAGACGCUAACUGACUGGGUCAAUAUAUGAUGCCCAGGAGACCAAACAUAAUACAAGAAAACACUAUGAUCACUAUGGAUUCACAAAACAAUGACAUCACAAUGGCCAAUGAUAACAUUUCCACCAAAAUUGGUGAUAUCACGAACACGGUUGUGAAUAAAUCAGAUGAUAUGGAAACUCAGGAAAUAAAUGCUAACAAUCGUAACAGCAUGAAAUCUAGUCGACGCAAACAAUCCAAACCUAUUCGGGUAUCAUUAUUGGAUGAUCCAGAAGCUGAUGCCGCUGUUUCAGCCAAUCAGGCACAAGCUAAGCCCACCAAUGGGGAUGCAGAUACAGCUGUAAGUAGUGACAAAAGUGAAAAUGAAGAGCAAGAUAUGGACACUGAUAUGAACAGCUGUACUCAAUGCCCAGAAACAUUUCCAACCAAAGAUUUACUUAACACACAUAUCGAGAGUGUUCACAUGAAAGAGAACAUAACAAAUGAGCCCGAGCCCCAGGAGCAAUUCCCCACAAAAUAUCACCAGCUUGGUAAUGAGUUUUACCAGUCUAUUAAGCCAGAAUCUCACCGUGCAGAUGAUCAGGACUCUCAAACCUUGAGUAACCCCCCAUCACCUCCAUUCCAGAGUCAGAGCCAGACAAUGGAGGGCAUGCUGGAGGGCCUACCUGUUAACUCCAAUGGUAGCGACAGUAGUGGUAAGGGCUCUCGUAUAUUUCAUCAGGAUGCCUACUGCGAGCUUUGCGACCGUGAAUUCUGCAACAAAUAUUUCCUUAAAACACACAAAGCUAAUAAGCAUGGUGUAUAUGAUGGCACAUCGAUAGGGUCAACCAGCACUACCCCAAGUUUUGUUAGCAACAGCCUGCCCUAUCCUUCAUUUGUCCCUUUGCCCCAGCCACCUGCCCCAUCACAGCUACCCCUACUGAAGCCCUCCCCAGAAAAGACGGCCCCUAAUAAGAAUCUCACUGUGGCCAGCUUGACUACUAUGACUCCCACAAGUUUGACACCAGAUAUGGAAGAUUAUUGUGACAUCUGCCAGAAACAUUUCUGCAACAAAUACUACCUCAAAAAGCAUAUGAAAGAUGUGCACAAUGUGAAUGUGGAAGAACGUAAGCGCCAGCGGGAGCAGCAAAAGGCCCAACAACAACAACAGCAGAAGUCAACUUCUCGCCCAACUACCUCACCUGCUCCUAGUGACCCUAGUCCAAAGAAUCAAGCCUUGAUCACCCCUCCACAGCCUCAACCCCAAGUCACGAAGAUACCCUCUCCUCAGCCUGAUAUUACGUCAGCCCACCAGUCACUAGAUCUCUCUUUACCACCACCAAUCCAAAGUAUGCCUAAUAUGACAUCUAUGGCUGAGAGCAUGGGUGGUGUACCCAACAUGUCUAACGUCAUGUUCAUUAACCCAUUCAUGCCCCCUAUGGCAUUCAUCCAGGCUGGUAUCCAACAACAACAAAGUAUGCUCCCUGGCCAAUAUGCCCUGGCUCCCCAGAUUGCAGCCCAGGCUAUACAAGAGGCCCAGCUUCAGGCAGUCUUAGCCCAGGCUCAGCAAGCCCAAGCCAUGGCUGCUGAGCAGCAUAAGCAAAUCCAACAAGCAGAAGAACAAGCCAAGCAAGAGAACUCAUCUGGUGAUUCUGCUUCCAUUGCGCAUAUCAAGAAUGUUGCCAAUAGUGGUGCUGAAGGUGUCCAAGUCACGCCUGAGAGACUUCGCCAUAUCAACAAGGAAGCGUUCUGUGAGCUGUGUUUCAGAGAGUUCACUAACAAGUAUUUCUUGCGUGUACACAAAGCCAACAAACAUGGUAUUUACAGUGAAGAGAAGAAGAGCAGUUAUGGUGGUGGCAAUCCCGAAUCCCCUGCCAAGGCAAGUCCAUCGAAGGAUGCUGAUAAACCAGAGGCGUCCUCCACUAAGGUCUCUGCUGAGGGUAGCAAGACAGAAAACAGUGAGACAACUGUCUGUGACAUCUGUAACAAAGAGCUGACAAAUCUCUACAGCCUCAAGGUCCACAAGAUUAACAUGCACGGUGUCAUUCACAAAGACCUCGCUGAAGAAACUGCCAACCUUGUGAAGCUUGAGCCCCUUGUUAACCAAGCCAUGACUGAUCCUCUUCUGGCUCUCCAGCAAUCUCAACAAGGGACAAUGUUCGGUAGUAUGAUGGCUGCUAAGAUUGCUGAUCGUGUCAUGUGUGAGCUCUGUAACAAGGAGGUCUGCAAUAAAUAUUUCCUGAAGACACACAAGCAGAAGGUACAUGGCAUUGACAUGUCUAAGGAAGAGGCAUCUCCAACUGGCACCACUAUGGACACCACUCUUGAAAACACAGUGACGCAGCUGAGCCAAUCAGUCAAAGAUCCUGUCAAUGUCAACAUCAAAGAAGAAGGCAUCAAAAUGGAGCUGAUGCCAAGUCAAGGCAGCCCUAAGCAACAUGAGCUAAAGAAGAUGGGAAUUGAUGUGGAGUCUUAUUGCAAGUUGUGUAAGAAGGAGUUCAGCAACAAGUAUUUCUUCAAGACCCAUCAGCUUAAUGUACAUGGCAUCAAGGUGAUGAAGUUGGAUAGACCAAGCAAUGAGGCCUCUCCUUCCACCACCCCAACCUCUCCCAUGACCCCCAACAAAUCUGAAUCUGGAUCCGAAGUGGCGUCCUGGAAGUGGAAAGAAACCCCUUCAAAUCCAUCUCGAGUCAAGUGCAAUAUCUGUAACAAAGAAGUGUGCAAUAAAUAUUUCCUACGUACCCAUAAGAUCAACAAGCACGGUAUUUACGAGGACCUGAUCUCCACCUCUCAACCCAGCAGCCCUGGUUCCGUCUCUAGCAAUAUCCAAGGUGUUGUGAACACAAAAGUAGAACAGAUCCUGAAUGCUGGUCGCACGCUUGCCCCCAAACGGACCCCCAAUGAGGACAAACUCCCCAAUGGCGGCACCCCCAUGGAAACCUCUGACCCCCCUGCCAAAGAGGCUGACGUCUGCCAACAGUAUUUCGAAGAGUACACCGAAGCUUGUAAUUUAUGUGAGCGCCGUUUUAAAAGCACAAAAUGGUUGCUUACACAUAAAUUACGUGACCACAGUGGCUUGUCGGCUGCAAUCCACAGCAAGUCUGAUGUCAACUGUAAUUCGAGCAAGGUUGAGAAAUGCAGCGAAUGCCAGAAAGAUUGCCCAAACAUGCUUGCCCUACAGAUUCAUCUGAUCCAGGAGCACCAGGCUGAGGUAAAACUUAACUCACCCACCAAAUCAUCUUAUCACCUCCUCAAGCGCAAAUACAGCCGCAGCCUCAAACAAAAACUUAUCAAUUGUUCACAGUGUGACUAUAAAACAAAAUGGCUGUCUAAUAUCUAUUCUCAUGAGCAACGCAAACAUAACAUCGGCAAGAUUCCACCAGGUUUUAAUCGAGAGCACGUCUGUCACCAUUGCUUCAAAUCGUUCCGAUAUGGUCAUUCUCUGCAACGCCACAUGGCCAGACAACAUGAUCAAAUUGAUGUUGCUAUCGCUAAAUCCAAUGCAAUAGUGAACAAGACACUGGGUAAAAUGUCCAAGAAAAAAUUCCGCUGUGUGCACUGCAGUGAAAGAUUUCCCUCUCGACAGCAAUGUAAGCUUCAUAUUCGAGAAUCACACCCGAACGCUAAAUCAGUAAAAAUCACCAAACAUGGCAAGGACAUAACAGCCAAGCCAACUAGCUUUAACUGCAACAAGUGUGACUUUUCGUCAAACAGAUACAAGAAAUUACGAGCCCAUAUUGUGGCUAAACACAAAGGUGAGGCAGUUGUUAUGAGCGGAGAAAAUGGUAAUCCUGUUAGCUACGCAAAAGUAACAGGUAACCAAGGCAACCAAGACAGCUUCAUCAUGCAGCCAUUCACGGUGAAACCUGACGGUACAGAUGGUGCUGCUAGAUUCGUCACAUCGCUAGUGUAUCUCCCCGUCAUGGAGAAAAUCACAGAAAGUCAGAAUGUCACGUUUACUCUCAAUCCCACCGAGUAAUCAGAUCACCAUGGUAACUAUAAAACGCACCACCACCUGUAACAUAUAUCACAUAUUUAUCCAUAUUUACAUUUUCAUGACAUAUUUUAUAUAUUUUAUUAACAUUUUGCAUGACUUUACUUACACUGCAAUAUACAUAUAGACAUGGACUAUUUAAUACAUUAGUAUAUGACUGCAAUAUAAAGAGAUCAGAGCCCUUGGCCUGCAUUUUAAAAUGACAUAGAUGUAUAUUACACACAUGAAAACUGUGAAUGACAUGCAGAUGCCAUAUUUAUGUAUAUUAAUACAUAUUUAAAAAACAUUUAUGUAUUCAACUUCAGCUGAACAGAAUCUCUAGUCUUUACAGAGUAAUUAAUAUAUUAGUAUCUAACUUUGUUAAUUGCUCACAAAAAGCAUUAAAAUCAUACAAAGGGAUCAUGUCAUAAACUAGUCUUUCAGAUAAUAUUAUGAGCUGAUCCCUCUUUGAAAUAGGACUUCAGAAAUGGAAGAUUCUACCUUUACAGUUGAACUAUUUACAACUGAAAUGUGCAAUGUAAAAACUAAGCAGAGGAAAAUGAGUCAGGACCUUUUCGUCUAAAUAUUUGGAAGCUAUCAGUAAAGUUUACACCAUGUGUAUGUGCCUGUGUAUGAAGACUUCUAAAACAGCCCAUCACUUGAACUUUUCAAAUUCCUGAGUAAGGCAAAUGCUGAAAGUGAAAAUUUAUAGGUUUGAAGCGUCAAAUUGGGGGUUGUUAAAAGUUCAGCCGUAGCUACAAGCUGGGUACCAAUCAUUUAUAUGUCUGUGCCAGAUUUAAACACUUACCUAUCAUCUUCCAAGAAUCUCUAUUCUCCGAAUCUCAUCUUUAGUUUUACUUGCAAUUAAGAUGCUGUUGCCAAUGAACUGUUAAAGGUUAACGAAAUUCUUCAAUUUCCAAUUUGAAAACAAGCUCAACUUAUGGCAGGCAAAAACAAUAAAUUAGCACUUUUAGAAGAAUUUUACAAUUUGACCUUUUCUCGAAAGAUAUUAAAGCCUUCUAACUGCUCUUAACAUAAGAAAAACUUAAAGUUAAAAAGGCAAAAUUACAACUUUGUUUUUAUGGCUUUUUUUGUUUCUGUUUUUAUAACCAGUUUAAGAGGGAUGUAUCUCAGAUGAUAUCAGGCACCCGCUCAUGGUUGAAAUAUGCUGAUACCAUAGUUGUAGCAAAACAUUUUUAGUUUUGAUAGUAUGUGAAAAAUGCUAAGUCAACGGUGCUGUGUAAAAUGUAUCUAUUUAGACAUACAUACACGGGCAAGUGUUCAAUAUUGUACUGCGCAUUUGCAGCGAAUUAAUAUAAGAAACUAUUCAAUUCCAGUUAAAGUAAACUCUACUUAUUUAUAUACCAACUUGUUAGUUAAAGUUGGGCACUUAUGUAUAUAGAUUAUUUUUUGUUUUUAAACUUGACUGAUUUCUUCAGUGGAUAGAGGAGUUUACUUUAGGUGGAGUUGAAAACAUAAAUAUCCCAGCGAUAUGUAGUUUAGUUGUAGUAAAAAGUGUAGUUAAUUUAUUUGUAUUAAUAUUAUUUAAUAUAUAUUACUAAAGUGUACCUGAAAGAGGCACAACAACAAGAAACAUCAACUUAAGUUAGGAGAAACUAAGAAAAGCCACCAUCGCUUGAUAUUCAUAUUAUUAUUAUAUAUUAUUAUCAUAAAUUAUACGAUUAUACAUGAUUAUUAUUCAUUCAGUCUAAGCGUCAUACAAAUCUGUACAUCAUACAAAUCUCAACACGGAACUGAAAAAACAAGUGCAACCCUCUCAAAAGAAGAUCAAUACGAGUUGAAACUCUCGAGGAUUUCAUGAGAAAUCCAAAUCUGUAGCGGUCAUUUUCUGAUAUGAUUAAGACUCAUGAACUUCAUGAAUGUUCAUACUCAGAGUUCAUUUUAUGUAAUCCUCAAGAGACACAACCGCAAUGAUCUUUUUAAGAAGAGUAGAAAUGUAGCUCAGAAUGUUGUUGACUUAUGUUGCCAUAUAUCAAUGAUAAUGCAAGUGUUUGCCAACAGUAGACAACUACCAAUCCCAAUCUUUUCAAAUAAUGCUCAAAUUUUACAUCUAAAUUAUUGAAGUCAUAUUACGAGUUUGGAUAUUACACAAUAGAUUUCGAAUUGCCUGACAUCUGCACCUGGUCAAUAAUUCUGCAAGAAACAAUCGGGAUAAUUAAUUUCAAAUGUUAAUUAGUUUAUGGCAAGUUAUCAAAUUGAUUUACUGAAAUUGAUUUUAUGUUAAUAACAUUCUUCUUGGACGUUGCUUGGCAACCAUUAGGUCUCAUUUCCUUAGCGCUCUGUGUUCUUUAUAAAUUAAAAAAUUUGAGGAGGCAUCGUGGAGAGAAGGGGAAAAAUUCUGCCAAUUUGUCUAGCAAAUUUAGCUUGUGUAGUGAUGAGUAUAUUUUACCAGUGCUAAGUAGCAACUAAUUUUAAGCUGGCUCUUUGCCUAUGUUUUCCAGUUGGGUCUAAUUGCUUGCUAAGGUGUUCAAUUUCAGCAUUCCUUAUUUGGAUAUGAACUUCCACCCUUCACCUCCCUACCAAACUUCAAUAUCUAAAUUACAAUUUUAGAAAUGUUAUGCUAGCGAUAUAUACAUACAAACAUGUUUAUUUGAUGGAAAGGUCAUGUGAUAGCACUUAAAUGCAGCUCUGCCUGUGGUACAUGUUUCAAUCUAAUUAUCAUCCAUCCGUUAUUCUAUCCAUAGUGCAUUAGCUAGUAAAAUAUUGCGUUUCAAUGAUAAUUGUUUUAUAUGGAAUGGCUCAUGGAUUUAAUUCUCCAAUAUCUUCAUAAUUAUCACAGACAAUUCCAGUGCCAGGGCUUAUAGAAGGAAUUUAAACGAGUCACAUUCAUUUUUGAUAUACGGAAAAUCCGAUCGAUUUUUUACUUGGCUUCAUAUGAAUUUUUGAGUGAUAUGAAUAUUUUUGAAACUGACAUCAGAAGGCUGCAUUGGAAUUGAGCCUCGUAUGAAUGUGACAACAACCAACUCAUGUUAAUUACAUUAAUUGUGAGUUUUCUAAUUGUAUAUCCCCAUAGAAAUGUCAUAUUGCCAAUGUAAGGUAUUCAUGUGGUUUAACGAGCUAUUCGCCUUCGACAUUCACUAAUUUGAUUAUCGCUAUUGUUUUAAAAUUCAAAUGAAAUUAGUGCUCGCUAAUGGACAAUGGUCAUGUGUUAUUCUGUAUUCCUGAGGCUGAUUGAGACAAUGUUACAAUUAGGAGAACUAUCGAGGUACACAUCAUGGCUUAGUUGAAUUGACACAUGUACCUAUUGUUGAACUGUUAUCGAAUUUAAUGAAACCCAUUAAUUCCAUUGACGUCCUCAUAACAGUCCAAUUUUAUGAAAAAUUGAUAAGUUAUGUCUCUGUUAUAUUUGUACUAAAGUAAUGGUCUAGCCUACAUCAUGUUGGGUUGGGCUUUUCAUUGUUAGUCUUCUCUGUUGUUUUUAAGCAAUGCUAUGGCAACUGAAAUUUAAUUUCCGGUUUAAACACUUUAAAUUUUUAUAUGCCUUCUUAUGUUUUGUAAUUCUUGCUCGUAAGGAAAUCAUAUAUCAUAAAUAUACAAUAUACAUACAAUACAUAGAUAUAUGUUUUAUAUACCGCCUUUAUAUGAUCUGCAAUAUAAAGUUCAAUUACAAUAUGAAAUUAAUUUCAUUGAAAUACCACAUUUAAGUAUCUGAACUAAUAAAGCCUGAACAUACGGGUUUGUUUUAAGCAACAUAAAAUAAAUCAUCUCUGUUGAAAUUGAAAUGAAAUUGAAAUAAAAAAAAUCCAUGCAUAAUGGAUGUGUCAAUAUCCUCAUGUGAUGACUAAUUGUGAAAAUGAGCAUUAUUUCGAAUAGAAAUACAAUGGAUUGCAUGUAUUUGUGUACAGCGUAAUAUCUACCAAAUUAUCAUAUUGUUUUCACAUAAAUUGAUCAAUAUGUAUUUUGUAACUGUUGAUGCAUGUUAAACUUCAUUUCAAUCAUAUUAUAUUCACUUUCAUGUAUUCUAGAAUAUGUUGUAAAAAAUCAAACUUAUUGUUUGUAGUUUUUGAACAUGACAUUAUAAAAUUGUAAUAUAAACAUUUAAGACAUCAGAGAGAUCAUUUAACAAUAUUGUGGUGUAUAUGUACAAACUAUAUAGUGAAUAUUGUCAUUUUGGAAUUUGUUUCAAUUUAAUUAUGUCACCAGGUGAAUUAAUUAAUUAAUUAGACUUCACCUGGAAUGAAUUAAAUUAUUACACCUCAAGCAAACAAAGAAAUUGGUCAGAUGUCUUGAAUGUAAGACCUGUCAUGCAAUACCUUGUUAAAACAAAGAGAAUGAACAAUAUGUUGUGCAAUGGUAGCUACCAAUCAAAAGCCUAUUAGAAUUUGCCAUAUGUUUUGUGACAUAUUUAUUACAGUGUGUUUGAGAGUGAAAGAGUUAUCCCCACGGGGGUUAAUUAAGAACAAUUAAAGUUACCCAUGAACACACCUGUCAAAUCUGAGUGUGAAAUUCAUACAUGAAAUUCAUACGUCAGCUUAUAUUUUAAAGUUGGGACAGUUUGUGAGCAAACUUAAACUUAAUUAACUCGCCAAGAUAUUUCAUGAUUAAAUUCUUUUUAAUUAUGCACAAUACAUUUGUUAUAAACGCAGUUGACCAUUUUUAAUUAAUGAUAUUUAUAAUUUAACACAUUUUGUCCUAAAAUGACAUUUGCUGACCUUCAGUGUGACAUGUGUUAAAAUGUAUAUGGAUUUUAAUUAGUGAAGUGCAAUUUCAACAUUUACAUUUUACCUGUGUAUAUUAAAGCUAUUUAAAUCAUCCAUAUGAAUGAAUGAUAAUCCAGUUGUGAUGAUUUGUCAAAUUGAAAUCAUUUUACACCUGUAUACCAUGGCUAUCAUGCUUUUUAUUGCCAAAUUCAAUGGAGAAACUAAGCAAUAUGGGAACUUUAAUGUAUAAAAACCACAUCUUAUUAUAUUAUUAAGUCAUGAUUAAAUUAACUGCAGUGUACCAAAAUGAAAAAUGACUGAAGUGUAAAAGUAGUCUCUAGCCCCCCUCCUUUUCUUUUUGCACGCCCAAUUUUAUAGAGAAAAUAGGGAGAGAGGGGGAAAUAGAUUCUUGAUGCAAGGUCAGUGUAAAAUAUUGUUUGCAUCUCUUGAAUACCUUUAUAGUUGAACGAUGAGCAAUAUUGCUAUUAUUUCAGUGUAAAAUACAGCGCAUAUGUUGGUAUAAAAUAUUUCAUCAUAUAGCAACAUCAUACAGUUAUUCAUUGUUAACAUUAAUGAAUUAUGAAUUAAUGGUUUAGCAUUGUGUUUUAUUUAAAUGCCAAAACUACAUAUGAAAUAUUUAUGUAAUAUUGUCUAAAUUGGUAUUCAAGAGAAGUUCACAUGUCAUUUUAAAUAGCUUAUUAAACUUACAAUGUUGAUUUAUAUUUUUCGAGUACUGCUAUUCAUUUUAUGAUACUUAUUUAAAAUACAUGAUUAAAACAUGAGUUCAAUGGCAUAAAUUCUACCGCAUCUAUACAGGUAGCUAAACAGCUUGGUUUUAAAAUGCAAUUAUGUGUUAUAAUAUAGCCAGUUUAUGACAACUGUUUCAACAAUUGAAAUUACUUUUUUUAAUAUGUUGAUCGAAAUUAAAUAAAUAUAUGUCAAGUUUAGCUCUAGAUCUCCAUCAAUACAAUUGAUUAUGACGUGAACUAAAUAAUCGUUGAAUCAUAUAUAUGAUUGUAUAUGCUAUUUUCUGGACGUUGAAAAUUUAAGUGUGACAAUACUAUUUUUAAUUAUAUAAAUCAAUGGAGAUAAACAUAUUGUUGGAGAAAUUCUUAAUGUUCUAUGUUGUGACCUGUUGAUUUGCAGUGAUAUCGUGUGAAUGUGUGUUAUAUAAAAUUAUAAAAAUCUA